AUGAACUCUUUUGAUCCUCCAGACCAAGGUGCAGAGCUAGACUCUCUGAGCUCUUCCUUCCAAGCCGCAUUUGAUCGGGUCUUCCAGACUACCCAGAAGGUCAGCGAAGACCCUCUCUUGCGAGUAGCCCAAGGAACGGAGGUUUCUCAACUCAAAGCAAUCAGCACUCCUGGCGAUGCUCAUUCUGUGCAGGCAGCCAUUGAAGAUGUAUUCACCAUCUCUGACUAUCGAAUGCGAACGAACCAUCCCAAAUGUUUUAGCUUUAUUCCAUCACCUGCCUCGCCACUUUCUUGGAUAGGAGAUUGCCUGUCGAGCGCUUUCAACUCCUUUGCUGGAUCGAGACUGCAGGGCUCUGGUGUGGCUAUUGUUGAGCAGACGCUGCUGCAGUGGCUCUCGGCCAAAGUUGGACUUCCAGAUACGUCUGGAGGAAUCUUUGUCUCAGGGGGCUCCAUGGCAAACAUGAGCGGCAUGGUGCUGGCAAGAGAAUGCAUAUUGGAUCCCGAUACUGAACAUCUGGGCGUCGCGUAUCUCUCUGAUCAGACACACCAUUCUGUCAAGAAGGCUCUUCGCAUUAUUGGUAUCAAAAGAAGUCAAAUACGUUCUGUUCCUACGAGCGGAUCCUUUCAGAUGGAUGUGACCACUUUGAAAGAUGCCAUCAAAACGGACCGCGAAGCAGGACUGAAGCCUUUUGUCAUCGUCGCCACAUGCGGGACAACAAACACUGGAAGCAUCGAUCCAUUGGAGGCGCUUGCCCAGGUACGCGAUGAAGAGAAGAUCUGGCUUCAUAUCGAUGGUGCGUACGGCGCGUCAGCUUCCCUUGCUGCAACUCGAAGCUCUGUCGCCAACGGUCUUGGGCUGGCAGACAGUAUUUCCUGGGAUGCACACAAAUGGCUGUUUCAGACAUAUAGCUGUAGCCUCAUCCUUGUGAGAAACAAGAUCAACUUGGUCAAAGUUUUUAACAACGACGGCGACUAUCUUCGCGAUGCGCUCGAUGACGAAGAGAUACCCAACUUUUGGAACCUUGGCAUGGAACUAACGCGCCCCUCACGAGCGCUGAAACUAUGGUUCACCCUACGAGUGCUCGGUGUGGAAAGAUUUGGGACGAUGAUCGAUCAUGGGUUUCAUCUUGCUGAAAUUGCUGAGGCCGAGAUUUUAAAGUUGUCGGAUUGGGAAAUUACAAGUCGAGCGAGUAUGGCGAUCGUGACCUUCCGAUAUGCACCUAAGGAAAAGACUGAGGAGGAGUUGGAUGAAUUAAAUGCUGCGAUCUCAAAGCAUUUGGUGGAAAACAAUGUUGGAUUGAUUUUGACUACAAAGCUACGAGGGAGAAUCGUUCUGAGGAUCUGCUCUAUCAGCCCGGUGCUAGGCGGGGGCGAAAUGGUGGAGGUUAUUCAGCAGACUAACAAGGUUGCACAGCUCAUUUCUAAACAGCGCAGUCAAUAAGCGAGCAUAUUCAACAUUACAAUUCCA